AUGGCAGCUUGGAACAGCACGGACGACGGCUCCGCGCCGAUCAACUUUCGCGCCGCUCUUGCAGCUUUCGAGAACAACCGCUCCUCCUCCACAGAUGCUGCUGCAAGCGACACGUAUCACUCGCCCAAACCACGCGCAGCACAAAGAGCAGGGAUCCGACAAGUACCUGCAACAUCUGCCCGCCCUUGGUCCGACCAGGAUCCCGUACCUCGCUCUUGCUCAGCCCCACGCAUCCGUGACGAUUCGGACGGUCUUACGCUGCCAUCCACCAUUACAGCCUCCUCGCGCGUACCCGCUCCAAUCACUUCUGCGUCAGGCAUGCUCAGUGCUCCCUCGCCCUCCUUGUCCACCCUAAGGAAAACGGGAAGCGGUACGAGCCUGAACAAACUUAUGAACAAGUCGGUUCCUCGAUCUGGUGCAAAUGGUUGUACGGCUAGUGCGCUGAUGCGAUCGAGAAGCAGUUCUGUUGUCGAGAACGAGUGCGACGAUUGUACUCUGGCGCCGAAGCCUGAUUCGGGCAGAUCUAGUCCGUAUCUCAAUGCUCGUGGAACGCUUUAUGGUCUGUUUGGUUCCGAAGACGAGUCACGGCGUACAGAAAGUCCAGCAUCGACCUCGCAACAUAUGCUCGACACGAGUGCGGACGACGAUCUGUUUGCUCAUGCCGUUAUGGAGCGUUCCAGCACGCCUGCUUCGCUCAAGCAAAAGUCAACGACAGCUGAUCGCAUGGCAUCGCUCGUGCCUCCACAGAUACCGUCGCGGAAUGGAAGCGCAUCAUCGACCAACUCUACCCAUUCAUCGACGCCAAGAUUGCCACCGCGACGAGCUGGAGGAUCAGCGAGCCUCGCAUCGAGUCCGACCGUCUCAGAAUUCGGUGAAUUCUUCGCUACUGCAGCCACGCCAACCCCAAAGACAAAACCGAGAUUGACCUACGCUACGUAUACACCAGGAGCCAAACGCGGCUCGGGAAAUGCUGGGUUGGAAGCCAGUCUGACGCCUCCUGCAUUGCCGCCUCGUAGUGCCACGCUGGGACAACAUGCUGAUCGAGCAACGUUCGGAGAGACGCCCUAUCAAACGAGGCAGACGAGUCCGAUGAGACGCGCGCCGCCCAGUGUGCCUGCCAAACCAUCUGCUUCUGCUGCUGCUGUUGCGGCUGCGGGGAGCAAACCGAUGCCCCCUCCACGACCAGCCAAGGCGUGGGAUGGAGCAGCUGGAGGAUUUCGGUUCGGUGCUGCAGGUUCAGAGUCGACCAUGACCGCAUCACCACAGCCAGCCAUCGGUGGACCUCGCCCGCGUGCCGCUACGGCUUCGCAUCAGCGCAGUCUCACUGGGGGUAGCAAUAGCGCUGUCAAAGCCAUGCGAAACAGUACACACCGAAAGAGCGGCAGCAACGUGUUUACGAGCAUAAGCCUGUCCGACGAUGCUAGCGGAGAGCUGAAACGUAGUCUCGAAUCUGAUCUGCAUGUGGAUCAUUCGCACACACUGCCGCCUCCCAGCCGCGGUCGACCUGGUGCUGCCGUCGCCGGUGGGGCGGCGUAUCCAACGCUAGCCGUCUCGACACGCAGCUCUUCUGCAAGUGGAGGUAUGGCGGCGAGUGGAGUAGUAAGCUCUUUGAUCGGUACCGCGGCUUCAGCGCUGCCGUUGUUCAAGUCCGCGGGUGGAGCGACGGGUGGUGCGUCCCGAUCGUUAGCUGAUGGAGCGCCUUCCAAGCAAGCGGUUCAUGCUGGUGGCGCGAUGACGAGUAGAAAGUCGAGCGUCGCGUCGGGAUUGAUGGCGACGGAUGCCGAGGCUGCCGAGGCUGCGCUAUGGGGUCGAGCGGUGCAAUUGGCGGAUGCAAGCAGUGUAGUCGGCAACCAACAGCCGACUGGAGCGCUGUUGAAGGAGCCAAAGGACGAGUAUGCGAGGAAGAGAUACGAGGCCUUGUUCGAGAAGCUCGUGGCUCAACAGAUCGACAGGCACGACAAGAAAGACGCGGAUAAGAAGCGUACAGAGCAAGGUGUAGGGAGCAGCGUUGUGACGGAGCGUACUCCGAGUGCUGGCGUACAAGCUCUACGUGGCUGGUUCGAGUCGGAUGCUUCUGCCACCACCGCUCGGCCACCACAGCCUUCAGCACCAGCAUCUGAUCGUGCGACUAGAUCCGGUACGUCUGCAUCCGCGGUGGUAUGCGCAUCCACGGUGCGCAGAAUCUGGACGCGUUCGCGACUUGCGUCGCACUUCCUAGCACAGCUCUGGGAUCAAGCGGUGCUGUCUCAGUCGGCUGAACUCAAGGGACUGCAGAGCGAAGCCUUUGUCAAGGCUAUGGCGGCAAUCGAUGCUGCGUUGGAGCGCAAAAAGCUUCAGCAUCGUCAACGCAAACAGAGACUCGCCGAUCAUGCAAGCUUCAAUACCGAGCACACAGUGGCAGGUGCUGGCAGAAGGGUUCCGCCGCCUCCACCGCUAGCAGCCGCCGUGGCGCCCUGGACGACAGUGUGA